AAAAUACAAUUAAACAUAAAGUAGUAUUCUUUUAACAAUAACAAUAAAAUAAAACAGUAGAUAUCUACAGUGCACGGAAUCUAGAAUUUGAAUAACAAUUUUUGUUUGCCUCCCGGCUGCCAUAUUGAUUUAAUUUUGACAGGUAUGUCACAAUGCCCUAUUUGACAUGUCUAAUGAUUUAAUUUUGACAGGUAUGUCAGAAUGCCCUAUUUGACAUGUCUAGUCUAAUCCUUCUUGUAAACAAAUCUUAUGUUAGGGUUAGGUAGGUUAGACUUUUGUUUUGUUGCAAAACACUAUCCAUAAUUUUAUUUGUGUAAUCAAAACUGAAAUAAUUGGCUUGGCUAUUAACAUGGAAACGAAACAAGAAGCCAGUGAGAAAACUUGUAAAAUAGAAACAGAUAAUGAAACCUAUGAUGAUGGUCCUUUGGAUCCUUUCAAAAUUGAGAUUACUGAAGAAACCAAGAGAGAACCCUUAUACGACCCAUCUGAUUAUUUAGAGUCAAAUGAAGUUCCGGUAAAAACUGAAGUAGAACGUAAAUUUACACCAUUUGAAUUAAAGCAAACAACAAAUGAAGAAAGUUAUUAUCAAGAGGAGAAAAAAUUGGAGAUUAUGGAGACACUACCUGAACAUUCAUCUUAUGAAGGAAAUUAUUUGAGUCGACACGACGAAGGAAGAGCAUUAACUCAAAAUAACACAGUUGCAACUCGACAAAGACCUGACAAAUGCGAAGUUUGUUUUAAGAAGUUUUCUCGAAAUGAACAUUUAAAAAAUCAUUUGCGAAUACACACUGGAGAAAAAGCAUACAAGUGCGAUAUCUGUUUCAAACAGUGUUCUUACGCAAGUAAUUUGAAAAAACAUUUGAGAGUGCACACUGGAGAAAAACCUUACAAGUGUGAAAUUUGUUUGAAGCAGUUUAUUCAAGGAGGUGAUUUGAAAACACAUUUGAGAGUGCACACUGGAGAAAAACUUUACAAGUGCGAGAUUUGUUUGAAGCAAUUUAGUCAAGUAAGUAAUUUGAAAACACAUUUGAGACUACACGCUGGAGAAAAACUUUACAAAUGCGAAGUUUGUUUUAAGAAGUUUUCUCGAAAGGUUGAUUUGAAAAGACAUUUGAGAGUGCACACUGGAGAAAAACCAUACAAGUGCGAUAUCUGUUUUAUACAGUUUAGUGAGUCAGACAAUUUGAAAACACAUUUGAGAGUGCACACUGGUGAAAAACCUCACAAGUGUGAAAUUUGUUUCAAGCAGUUUAUUCAAGCAAAUAAUUUGAAAACACAUUUGAGAGUGCACACUGGAGAAAAACUUUACAAGUGCGAGAUAUGUUUUAAGCAGUUUAGUCAUGCGAGUAGUUUCAACGCACAUUUGAGAGUGCACACUGGAGAAAAACUUUACAAGUGCGAGAUUUGUUUUAAGCAAUUUAGUCAAGCAAGUAAUUUGAAAACACAUUUGAGAGUACACACUGGAGAAAAACUUUACAAAUGCGAAGUUUGUUUUAAGAAGUUUUCUCGAAAUGAUCAUUUAAAAAUUCAUUUGCGAAUACACACUAGAGAAAAACCAUACAAGUGCGAUAUCUGUUUUAUACAGUUUAGUGAGGAAGGCCAUUUGAAAAAACAUUUGAGAAUGCACACUGAAAAAAAAACUUACAAAUGUGAAAUUUGUUUCAGGCAGUUUAUUCAAGCAAGUAAUUUGAAAACACAUUUGAGAGUGCACACUGGAGAAAAACCUCACAAGUGUGAAAUUUGUUUGAAGCAGUUUAUUCAAGCAAGUAAUUUGAAACAACAUAUGAGCGUUCACAGUGGAAAAAGGCCUUACAAAUGUGAAAUGUGUUUAAAGCAGUUUAGUCGAACAAGUCAUUUGAAAACACAUUUGAGAGUGCACACUGGAGAAAAGCCUUACAAGUGCGAGAUUUGUUUUAAACAGUUUGGUCAAGCAGGUGGUUUGAAACGUCAUUUGAAAGUACAUACUAGAAAAGAUCUUAACCGUUAGUAGCAAAAAUAUAAUGCACUGCCAGGUUUAGCGUGAGUUUGUUGGUCAGUCUGUGCGCACGUGUUUGGACUUGCGCGCUUUUUCUAUCGACUGAUUUCUUUACGCGUCAAAAAUAUUUUAAUUCGACUUUGCGCACUUCUUUAAAAAUAAAACAACAUGCACGUGGUAUGGUUUUUAAUGUUGACUGUAUGCGUGCAUAGUGACUUGACGAAGAUUGUAAACUACUUUUAAAGACUUGACGGGAUUCAAUAAAGUAAAGUAAUUUAGUUUCUGGUUUGUUUUGCAUAUAGAAAUAUUAAUUUUGGCCUGAAAUUAGUUAUAAAUACUUUAUAAAAACUAAAUAAUUAUGAAUAAAUUGUUUUUAAAUA